AUGUCCGUCUUCCGCCCCUCCGCCCACGCCCUCAUAACCGGCGGCGCCUCUGGCAUCGGCUACGCCGUCGCGCGCCUCUGCCUCUCGCACUCAAUGCGCGUCACCAUAACCGACACCAACCAAACCCUACUCGACCAAGCCUCCAAAUCCCUUUCUGGGAACCUAACUUCCAUAAAAGCAGACGUAACCUCGCGCUCCGACUGGGCCACCCUCAAACAGCGCAUCGGGCAUGACAUCGACUUCCUCAUGCUAAAUGCUGGCAUUGGGGGCAAAGGAACGUGGGGCGAUGCCGACUACUUUGACAGUAUCCUCGGUACGAAUCUGGGCGGCGUGGUGAAUGGGCUGAAUGCGUUUGUACCGGUGAUGCUGGAGAAAGAGAAGGAAGGCGGGAGGAAGGCGAUUGUGAUUACGGGGAGUAAACAGGGGAUUACGAAUCCACCGGGCAAUGCGGCGUAUAAUGCUAGUAAAGCGGCGGUUAAGACGCUCGCUGAGCAUUUAAGUUUUGAUCUCAAGGAUACGAAUGUUGGGGUGCAUUUGUUGGUUCCUGGGUGGACGUUUACGGGGUUGGCUGGAAAACCACCGGGCAGCGACGCACCGACGCCAGAGGGGGCGUGGUCUGCCGAUCAAGUUGCGGAGUAUAUGUUUGAGAAGAUGAAAGAUGACAAGUUUUAUAUCAUUUGUCCCGAUGGGCAGGUCACUGAAGAGACGGAUAAGAAGCGUAUGCUGUGGAGUGUGGGCGAUAUCAUCAAUGGACGACCGCCGUUGACAAGAUGGCGUCCAGAGUACAAGGAAGAAGCGGAAAAGUGGAUGGCGGAACAGAAAGUCUAA